AUGAAAUUAGAGCGCACCGCGUAGUAUGCGUAAUUGUAAAUUGCUAGCCACCAAUUCAGGAGUAAAUAAAAGAAAUGUGCAAUAUAACAUUGUUCAAAUAUGCCGGAAAAAGAAAACAAAACCGCAUCAUCGGACCAUUACGUGCAAUUAAAUGAAAUCAAGAAAACCUGUGAAAAUCUAAUCAGUCAAACCCAGACUGACUUGGAACUUUUUACGCAUGAACAGCUCCAUUUAAGGAAUCAAAUAGAGGAUAUAUUAGCCGAAAAUAAAACAAUAGAUAAGAAGCUGGAAGCUCUUAAAACAACAACUGUCCAGAUUACCGGAGAAUCCAGGGAUGAUGCCACGAGGGAAAAGUUUACAAAUGAUGCAUUACUGAAUAUUAAAAAGCAAAUAGACUCUCUGGAAGCGGAAAACAAUGAAUUGAGGUCUCUAAAUAAGAGCUCACGGAAAAGGAUACAAAUUCUCGAAAGUGAAAUUCAAAAUUAUAGAAAUUAUUUAUGUGAAUCGAAAACCGUUUGUGAGAUAAAGCAAAAGUAUGAAACUGCUAUGUUAGUUCUGGAAAAUACCAUUCAAACACAAAAGACGCAAAUUACAAAGCAAGCACAAGUCAUCGAAAAUCUAUUCAAGCAAAAGGAUCAGUUAAAUAAACAUAUUAAAAACCUUGAACAAGAAAAAGAAAGUUCAAACAGUGCAACUACAACGGCUACAAUCGAAAAACUUAAAGCCAAACUUAAUGAGUCAACACGUCAAACGAAGGAGCUUCAAUUAUCUCUAAAAAUGGCUAAAAGCGUAAUCGAAGAACGUUAUGAGCGUGAAAAAUGUGCCCUCCAAAAGGUACAAGAAGCGUUAUCAAUAGCUGAAGCAGCGGUGGUGGACAAGGAAGAUGCACAGAAGCGAGAGCAAGUUGUUAAAGAGGAAUGCGAUAAUUUGGCAUCUACGAUCGGACAAGUCAUGGACGAAGCAGCAAAAAAAGUAGACCAGGACAUGGAUGAAAUGCGUAGAAAGUUUAGUGAAAAAGAGCGUAGCCUUUUGGAAUUUCAGUUGCAUAUGAAGGAAGAAAUAAAGAACCAAAAGAAGUUAAACCAAAUACUGGAGACACGUUGUAACAGAUUUCAACAAAAGUACAAAGACAGUAUGAAGGAAGUUGAAAAUUUAACACAACAGUUGGAAAGUGCAGUUAAAGCGUUGGUUGAAAUGGAGAAUAAGAUAAGCAAACAAGAAAAUCUACAAAAAAUAUUAAUGAAGCGUGCCGAAGAAAAGGAAAAUGUAAUUCAGAAUUAUAUUAAAACGAAUACGAGAUUGAAAGAGGAAUACAAAAAUACGCUCUCGGACAUAACAAAAAAAUUUGAAAUGCAAAUUUAUUAUCUACAAAAUGAAAAUGCUAAACUCAGGGCUAAAUAACAUUUAAAUUCAAAGGAUAAAUAAUAUUUAUUGCAAGUUAUGAAUAAAACGUAUACAAAUUUAUAUUUAA